AUGGAAACUAAAAAUACAACAGAGCUGGAAGAGUUUGUUCUCACGGGACUCACAUAUCAACGAGAGUGGCAAAUUCCCUCGUUCCUGGUGUUCUUGGUUAUAUAUCUCAUCACCAUUGUGGGAAACCUUGGUCUGAUUGUUCUCAUCUGCAAUGAUCCUCACCUUCACAUUCCCAUGUAUUUAUUUCUUGGGAGUCUGGCAUUUGUGGAUGCUUGGAUGUCAUCUACAGUAUCCCCCAAGAUGUUGGUCAACUUCUUUGCCAAGAAUAAGAUGAUCUCUCUCUCUGAAUGCAUGAUACAAUUUUUUUCCUUUAUCGGUGCCACCACAGAAUGUUUUCUCCUGGCAACAAUGGCAUAUGAUCGGUAUGUGGCUGUAUGCAAGCCUUUACUUUAUCCAAGAAUUAUGACUUACAGACUCUCCAUGCAGCUGUUGAUUUCAUCAUUUGUAGGUGGCCUUUUUGAUGCCAUAAUUCAUAUAGGCUUUUUAUUCAGAUUAACCUUCUGUAAUAGUAACAUAAUACAUCACUUUUACGGUGACAUCAUGCCAUUAUUUAAAAUUUCUUGUACUGAUCCGUCUCUUAAUAUUCUCAUAGUAUUUAUUUUUUCUGUGUCAAUUCAGAUGCUCACCAUUCUGAUUGUUCUUAUCUCUUACACAUUAAUUCUUUUUAUAAUCUUAAAAAAGAAGUCUCUGCAAGGCAUAAGGAAAGCCUUCUCCACCUGUGGAGACCAUCUCUUCCUUCUCUUCAUGUAUGUGCGCCCUGAAUCUGCACAGGCAGAUGAUCAAGAUAUGAUGGACUCUCUAUUUUACACCAUAAUAAUUCCUUUCUUAAAUCCAAUGAUCUACAGCCUGAGAAAUAAGAAAGUCGUAGAUUCACUGAGAAAAAUGUUAAAGAGAAAUGCUUAG